AUGCCCGAUACCGAAAACUUGGUACCAGCACUGGUCCUUUGGUGGAAUGCCAGCUCCUUCCGAGUGCUAUGUCCAUUUUGUCUUGACUCACAUGGUCACGGUCUUACAGAGCAUUCCAGGCGCAGAAGAGAACGACGUUCAGCGGAUUGCAUCGAUGUCAGCGGAGGAAAAUCCUACCGUAUAGUCUGGCCCGACGAAAUCGACAACUUGACCGACGCACGCGGCAACCCGCCACGUCGACUCUUGGAGGAGUACGAGAGCUUGCAUGGAGUGUAUUUUGACGAUCCUGAAGAAUAUAGGAAUGGGAAGAGCGAGCCCGGUCCUGAUGGCACGGAUGCCAUCACAGAGUCGCUAGCAAGGACAACAUUGUCUGAUAGUCAAGGUUCGGAUCCACGACAACAUGAACCUGACCGAUAUCGCUGUUUCACCGAUCCGAUGGCAGACCCAAAUUUACGCAGGAAAUUCUAUGUGUCUUUUUGUGCUCAAGGAGAUACUCAGAAACUCGAUAAUCAUUUCAGAAUGUAUCCAGACGACGACUUCGCCAGUUACGUGAACAUUCAAGGUGCGAACGGAGUAAUACUCGCAGCGGCAGAAGAGAAUGGCCUCCAAACGGUGGAAUUAUUGACGGAGAGAGGUAUGCCUAUCGACCGGAUUGACCAUUAUGGUCGAACAGCCCUCAUGGAAGCCGCUCUGUGGGGCCGCUUUGAGACUGUGGACUUUCUCGUAAAUAAUGGUGCGGAUGUCCUCUCCAUGGACGCGAAUGGACACCGAGCAAGUGACCUCGCAGCCGUGGCAGAACGCAACGACGCAGAGCGAAUCGAAAGGGCUAAUGGAAUGAUGACAGUGCGUACGGACUCAAACCGACAGCGCGCAAGGAUUCAUGCUCUAUUGUGCCGGAAGGAGCAGGAGCUUCGAGGAGACCGAUUCCCAGUCCCUAUCGGCGGCCCUCGCCAAGGGUACUUUCACAAAGCAGAUGCGACGUCUUUGUGCUUCUACCAGGCUGAUACCAUGUAUAAGCUUGGGGACCGAGAAGGAACAAAGGCCUUUGGUCGCUUGGAUCGUGGGCCUUCGUACCCGGUCAUCAGUGCAAUGAGUGGGUAUUCGCAGACAUCUCGAGAGGACACUCUCAAUAAUAAGAUCUGGACGCGCCGAGCGAAGCAACUCUGUGCAAGGAUCGGCCACGAUGUCAGUGAAAGCUAUGCUUCUCAUGUUGAGAAACAGUUGGUUGCGUACUAUAUGAAUCGGCACUACAUCUUCAAGUACGAGGACGAAGAAAGUAUAGGGGUAACUUCCGAACUCGAAGCAGUGCUUCCGACAAAUCUCCCACGAGGAUGUAUAACGGUCAGUCGAGAUGCCAUGUGUCCCGACUGUCAGGAAUUCUACAAACUCUUCCAGCGUUCGUUUCUAAAGGUCCCACUGACCGUUCACUGCGUCGGUGAUAAGAUUAGAUGGCUCUCAUCAAUCUUAUGGCGCACAUCCUAGGCGGGAUUCUAGUAGCUGGAACUCGUACACACAGAAAGCCAUACAUUACCUUACCUAUAUACCUGUUACUUUUACUUCUAUACCUUAACCUUACCCCUCUACCCGUAAGGUCGCCUUAUA